UGUCAUAUCAACAUUUUGUUUUGUUCUUUCGAAAUUGUUCAAAUUUUAAAUUGAGAUGGUGGAGCAACAGAAGAAGCGUUUAGAGGGCGCCAUUAGCGAAAUGAUCGAGGACAUGUACCGCACCCACUUGCGCAGAAUGCAGUCCACGAUGCACCGCUGUGCCGCCCGCUGCUGCGAUGAUGAUCGAGGAACGCUGGAGAGCGUACAGAACUGCAUCGAGAAGUGCGCUGGACCUCUGAUGGAUGCCCAAGAUUUUUUGCAGCACGAGCUGGGCCAGUUCCAGAACCGACUACAAAAUUGUGUCAGGGACUGCAACAGCGAUGCGCGGUCCCAACUGCCCAGCAAUCCGAGUGACCGGGACAUGUCCCGAUCCCAGCACAUGUUUGAGAGUUGCACGAACAACUGUGUGGACAAGUACAUCAACCUGAUUCCCGGCUUGCUCAAGUCAAUCAAGCAAACACUGGACAGAGGUCCACCGAAAAGAUCACGCAACAUGGAUGCCUAAACGAGAUUUAAGCCAGGAGUUGUCAAUGGUUCACUUAUUUAUUGAAUAUUUUUGGUACAGCUAACACUUAAAUUACACUAAUCGUGAUCCGGGAUAGCUUAUGGAAUGAGUACUUAUCAGCGCCAACGUGGCCCUUGCUCUCCAUGCUUGAUUGCUUAACUCCCGGAUCUUCUUGGGCCCUAGCUCAUUAAAUAUCUAGUAAUAAAGAUUCUUAGUAAUAUGCAACAAUA